AUGACAGAAACUUUUUUUGUGACAAGCUCUUCGAAUCAAUUGAGUAUCCAAAACGAGAAUGCUCACCCACAAGACAUCUUGGGUUUGUUUUUCUCCAGUAAAUAUCAAAUAAUCAUCUUGGCGGGAUUAUAUUUGUUUAUGAUACGAUACACUCAUUUGCAAAUCACGAGAGACUCAACUGAAUAUCUCGUUUAUAAUAUUCUACAACUGAAUGUGCUGCACGCAGGCCGCCCCAUGUUUCAUUUGGCACGAUAUUCGAGAUAUCGCAGUAUAUUUUCUUGGAGGAAGCUACUCACAAGGUUGCUGAAAACUCUUCGACGGCCCACCACCAUCACCCUUGAUUUGCAAAUGAGUAUAUUUCUUGAAAACAGUCGAAUUUUGGGUUCAGGUAGUUUAACGUUUCCCACGGAGGCUAUCCAGGCUAUCAAGGGUGAUCGAGGACUUAGCACUCCUAGAAAGCGCGAUUAUUCCACAGUCAUCAUCAUCAUCAUUGACAGCAUGACAUCAGUGUUCAACACCGAUGCUUCGCUGCCGUACAACCAUGAUUUAUUUGGAAGCCCUAUUAUAAAGAAGGAGUAG